ACCGGAGCAGCAACUGCAGUAGCCCCGCUGACUUCUGGGAGAUCGCCCUGAGCUCCAAGAUGGCCGACGUGGACAUCGCCGCAGUGACGGGGCCCAUGGUGGGCUACGCGCAGGAGGGCCCGGUGAUUCCCUACCAUGUGUCGGUCACCACCGGGAAGCACAAGGAUGCGGCCACCGACAGCCGGGCCUUCAUCUUACUCAUUGGGGAGGAUGAUGAGCGCAGUAACCGCAUCUGGCUGGACUUCCCCCGGGGGAAGAAGGGCUUCAGCUGUGGCUCCGUGGAGGAGUUCUAUGUUGCAGGCUUGGAUGUGGGCAUCAUCAAGAAAAUAGAGCUGGGCCACGAUGGGGCCUCCCCCGAGAGCUGCUGGCUGGUGGAGGAGCUCUGUCUGGCUGUGCCUACCCAGGGUACCAAGUACACGUUGCGCUGCAACUGCUGGCUUGCCAAGGACCGAGGCGACGGUGUCACCUCCCGCGUCUUCGACCUCCUGGAUGCCAUGGUGGUGAAUAUUGGGAAGAAGGUGCUCUAUGAGAUGACAGUGUGGACGGGUGACGUGGUCGGCGGUGGUACUGACUCCAACAUCUUCAUGACCCUCUACGGCAUCAAUGGCAGCACAGAGGAAGUGAAGCUGGACAAAAAGAAGGCCAGGGCCUUCUAG